CAAAACACACUCACAUGCACAUGCACUCUACUUUCAAGCAGAGGACUGGUUUCCACUCCCGCACCUCCUGUAUAUCGCACAUGACCGGUCUGAAGGACGCCAGCAGACAUUUCCUACCUGUGCGCCUCCAGCGUGCGUCACGCAAACUCUCCUUCGUGUAGUUGUUUCCUCCGCCGUUUUCCUAACCGGCGAUUUUGGAUUACGGAGAAAAAACAAGCCGCGUGGGCGCGUAACUCCCGAAAUCAUGGAUUUAUGGAUAAAGUUGAUGUUGUUGUGCAGCUUCUGCUUUGGGGCAAGUGCAGACUUUGAUGGCAGGUGGCCGCGGCAGAUGGCCUCGUCCACCGGCCUGUGUCGAUACGGGGCCAGGGUGGACUGCUGCUGGGGAUGGACACGCCGGUCCUGGGGUCACUGCCAGCCUGUAUGCCAGUCUGGCUGUAAGCACGGAGACUGCGUGGGACCCAAUAAGUGCAAGUGCCACCCUGGCUUCACCGGCAAGACCUGCAAUCAAGACCUGAAUGAGUGCGGACUGAAACCAAGGCCCUGUAAACACAGGUGCAUGAACACGUACGGGAGUUACAAGUGCUACUGCCUCAACGGCUACAUGCUGAUGCCUGACGGGACCUGUGGAAAUGCUCGCACUUGUGGCAUGUCCAACUGCCAGUACGGCUGCGAGGUGCUGAAAGGAGAGGUCAGAUGCCAGUGUCCGUCGCCGGGGUUAAAACUGGCUCCGGAUGGAAGAACCUGUGGGGAUGUGGAUGAGUGUGCAACAGGGAUAGCCGUGUGUCCCCGGUUCAGGAAAUGCAUGAACACCUUUGGUAGCUACAUCUGCAAGUGCCAUGAAGGCUUUGACCUGCAAUACAUCAAUGGGAAAUACCAGUGCAGAGAUGUGGAUGAGUGUUCUUUAGGUCAGAGCCACUGCAGCAACUUUGCCUCCUGCUACAACACGCCGGGCUCAUACAAGUGCAAAUGCAAAGACGGCUACAGGGGGAUGGGCCACGAUUGCAAACCCAUUCCUAAGGUGGUUAUCGACCCUCCGAGACCAGGCAAAUUGCCUCCAAAUCAUCACAACCACAUCCCCGACAUGGAUCAGAAAAGAACCACCACUACCCUCCGCCCAGCAGUGACUCAAAAGAGAAUCUUCACCAUUAUCCCCAAAUCAACUGCUGCCACAACCACGACCGCGACCACAACGGCGGCCCAGACGACGACCACGACGGCUGCUACGACGGCGGCCACGACCACGACCACGACCACGACCAAAGCACCUCUGCCUCCAAGGAGGGUUACCCCGCCUCCACGCAAGCCAGCAGUUCCCACCCGAAAGCCCUUUAUCCCAACCAGGAAGCCGCCAGCACCGACACGCAAGCCCUACGUCCCACCAAAGCCGGUGUCUCCCACACGACGCCCGCUGCCACCGCCACCGAUUACACCUGUAGACAACACCAUCCAGAAGGAGGUCACCAAACAGAGAGGGGAUGUUCACAUCCCUCGGAACCAUGGCCACAACACCGUCCUCGGUGUCGACUUUGACAUUGAGCUCGGCAACACAGCGGAUGAAGCCAAGGACGACCCAGAGUCGGGGUAUCUGAGCUGCUCCUUUGAUGAUGGUCUUUGUGGUUGGAUAAGGGACAGAGAUGGAGACCUGCAUUGGGAGACAACACCUGAUCCGUCAGGUGGAAGGUACCUCACCAUUCCUGAGGUCGGCAACAAAAGGACCGGGCGAGGGGCACGGCUGGUCCUCCCACUCACCCCCCCGUGGAACGAUGGCAAUCUGUGCCUGUCCUUCCGGCACAAGCUGGCAGGCCACCACGUGGGUAUGCUGCAGGUGUUUGUGAAGAAGGGGAAGCAGUACAGUCCAGCAGUCUGGGGCCGGACAGGAGGAAAUGGCUGGAGGCACACCCAAAUCACACUAUGGGGCACAGGCCUGGAAAGCGUGAUCCUGAAGGGGGAGCGUGGGCGAGGCAGGAGUGGCGAGAUGGCUGUGGACGACAUAACCCUGAGGAAAGGCUCCUGCACAGAGGAGCACAAUCUGAGGAGACUCUGACUGACAGAACAGAGAAAGGCAGCAAGAAAACAAGAGGGGAAAUCAUCACAAAGAGAACUGACUCUGUUGUGACAUCCCCUCACUCUGCCUGGCGUCUCGCUGAUCCCCCCCCGUCCCCCCUCCCAGCCAUUCUGUGAACGAUUUACAAAAAGCUGUGCGUCCACAGAACAGUGAGUUCCUCCUUUUUGACUGUCCAUGAAUAAAAAGACUGAAUUGAAAUGUCAUGUGCUGAUCACAGCAGCACACCCCCGUCUUCUCAGACACCCUCUCACUCCAUAACCUUGUUACCAUGAAGCCUGCAUGACCCAACUUAUCAUGGAAGUGUCCUCCACCACACAGCCCUGGCAGCCUGCCAGCCACACAGCUGAGAGGCUCACUGUUCCUGGUGAGAGGAUCGUUCCCUCACUUAGCAGUCUGCUUUUGCCUUGCUUUCAUCCUUUAGCCACAAGCCAUUGCUUAUUAUUUGCUGAUAUACAUUUCGGUGAGGUUAAGAGGUUUAAAACAAAUUUUAAAAAAUAAAGAAAUGAUGUAAGACUAAUUGUAAAAUAUCAACGAGAUAGUCCUGCCAUUGUUGGUCUUACAAUUGUUUCACAGCACUGUUUGGACUGACAUUUUUUUUUGUCACUGUAUUUAAAAGAUCCGUUUGGUAGAAGAGGGUUUCGAUCUUUUGUUAAGCCUCCUAAAGUUGUUUGAGCACUCUAUAUGUUUUUUUCAUAUACUCAAAAUGUGUCAAACAGAAUCAGUGUAUGAUUUUUGACACUUUAAAUCAACACUUAAUUUUUAUUAAACAGUAUGUGCUUUGUUAUAUUAAGUGCAGUUUGUUAUAUCUACGAUACCAACACAUUUCUAGGCUUUCAAAAAAUGUAUUAUUGUAAAAGUAGCUGUGUGUACAUACUCUGAAAUUCUACAAUCCCAUUUGUUGUGUGGUUUAUACGUUAUGUAAAUUCAUCCAUUGAUAUUAAUUGGAUUUCAAAAUGGUUGGUAUUUCAACUUUUACUUACAGUACAUGUAUACAGAUGGAAACCUUGUGUAGCUCAAGGCUGUGUAUGUCAAUGUCAAUGUGUUAUGGUAAAAUGCUCUGUCUGUAACUUGCAAAGCACAUAGUUGCAUAUUGUAUGCUGUGAUAAUGAAGGGCAUCGGCUGGAAUUGUAAGGUUUUCUGUUUGCAUGGGUGCAUUCACCAAAUUCAGAUAUAUCCAGACCAGUAUGUAAAUAAAAUUAAUUUGACUGAUAUUGUAU